UAAACAAAGAACUAUGGCGGCUAGUGUUUAAAGUUUGCUAGACCGGCAACUCAUUUUUUAUUGUGUUUGUUUUAUUUUUUUAUCUCAUUCUUCCUCAUUUUUUAUUAUUUUUUUAGGCCUCUCUACUGAGGCGACGUCAUUUGAAAAAUCAACUCAUAACGGUAUCGAUAUAAUGUUGCCCAUUUGGCUGUGCGAGAUUCCGUGGAACUAGUCGGUGAUUCUGUCAACCUGAAAAUGAAGUGGUAUGCGAAGGUUUUGGUCAAACAUCCCUUUGCAGUGUUGGCUGUUGUUGCUGUUUUUUCAGGAAUAUGUUUCAUAGUUCCAUUUAGCACUGAAAAGAUACCAUCAUUUACUGAUCCAACUCUGGGAUUUGAAACUAGAGGUACCCCAAUUUCUGAGAGAAUAACAGCAUGGAAAAACAUUGAAGAAGCCACCAGGCCAUCUGGUUCAUUGACAUCAAACCCAAGUGAACUAUCGCUGACAUCCAGUAUUGACUUGAAUCCAGAUAAUGCAACGGAAGAAGCAUCUACGUCAUAUCCCCAAGAAUCUUCAACUUCUCGAAGAAAGGGUCCAAAACAGAAAAAGAAGAAAAAGAUUGAUACUUAUGUGACUCCUCCUGCUUUUGUGGUACCAUCUGACACCUAUGAUCGGGAACAGCACUCAAACUGGACUUUUGGUGUGAACGUGUCUGAGGCUCAACCUGAUUAUGGCAAUGCAUCUGAGCCAUGGAAAACUUUGAGAGAUGAGCUGAGUGAAAAAAAACUGUCUUCAGGUCAUGAUCAUGACCAUUUCUCAAGAGAUGGAUUUUUCUGUGGUGCCCCUAGCCCCGAAUACUCACACAUGGUUUUGUCUACAACUGAUGGAUCAGAUUUACUGUCUCUUGCUGCUCUACAUUCAGCUUGCCGAUUAGAUCAUGUACUUCGAGAAACACCACAUUUUCCUUCAAACUGUCAGACUUCUACAGCCAAUUCCUGUUGUCGCUCUUGGACUUUACACAACUAUGUAGCUGUUCUACAUGGUCACUCUGACUGUCUUCAAAUAAAGGAACAUGAUGUAGAGAAGACAAGGGAAUUACUCAUAGACUGUGCCCAGUAUUAUCAUGAUCUGAAACUACCUGAAGACUGUCAAGAAGACAAGUUCAAUGCAGCUGCAGGUUGUUUAGUUGUACCUCCACAUUGCACCAAGAAUAAUGCUGUAUACAAUAUUAUGCAUUAUCUUGUUGAUGUUGAUUUCCUUCCUCCCAAGAACAUCAGCCAAGUUUUUGUCAAACAUUCCAUGAUUUUCCUUCCAAUGGCUCGCUCUUCUGCCAUGAUGCCAUACUAUAGGGCUAUGUACUCAAAAGCACUAAGAUUUGGAAAUGUAGAAGUGUCCGCAAUGGAUCUUGGCCUCAAGACUAUACUAUUUGAUGAGAGCCUUGUGUGGGAUACAUGGCUCAUUUCGCUAGGAGCUCUUUGUGUCUUCUUUUGUAUGUGGCUGUACACUGGGUCGUUCCUUGUCACAUUUAUGGCCAUAAUUGCUAUUGGUCUUUCCCUUGGGAUUUCAUACUUCUGUUACACCAAUGUCUUUGGGUUGCACUUUUUUCCCUUCAUGAACCUCCUUGCAUGUGUUGUAGCAGUUGGAAUUGGAGCUGAUGAUGCAUUCAUUUUUUGUAAAAUGUGGACAUGCAUUAAAACUGAAAAAGCAAGUGCAUCACUACAACAAAUUCUUCAAGAAACCAUGAACCAUGCUCUUUUGUCAAUGUUCAUUACUUCCUUCACAACUGCUGUAGCAUUUUUAUCCUCAUUUGUCAGUGCAAUAACAGCAAUUCGCUGUUUUAGCAUAUUUGCUGGUAUGGCAGUGAUUGCCAACCUCCUCCUGAUGGUGACGUGGCUGCCAGCAUGUGUUAUCAUUUCGGAGCAGUCAAUUUUUCCAAAUUUUACUUGGCCUCCUCUGAGAUACCUCCUGCAACACCUUGUUUCACUCCUGCAGCGCAUCAGCAGCAGUUUUGAGCGUAUCAGAAGCAGUUUUGAUCGGGGUCUUGUUUUUUUAGUGGUGAGGUGCCCCAUUCUGUGGGUUGUGGUUCUGGGAAGUAUAGCUAUUGGAAGCUGUAUCUGUGUGCUCUACUACCCUGGUCUUCAACUACCCAAAUCGCCUGACUUUCAGCUGUUCAGUAGCUCUCACCCAUUUGAGCAAUAUGAUGCUGUUUUCAGAGAGAAAUUUUGGUUCGAAAGGCUAGAAAAGCAUUCAAUGGCUAAUAUCAAACUACCUCUGAGAUUUGUUUGGGGAGUGAAACCAAUUGAUUCAGGGAACUACUAUGAUCCAUAUUCCAAAGGAAAACUUCAAUUUGACAACACUUUUGAUAUGGCAGAUGCUGAUUCUCAACUUUGGUUGAAACAAUUUUGUGGCAAAGUUAGGAAACAGGCCUUUUACCAAUCUACCACUGGACCUUUGCUACCGAACUGUUUCAUUGAAAGUCUGGAAACAUGGAUGACUCGACGCUGCAAAGACCCUGUGGACAAUAUUGAUCGUAGUCCAUGCUGUGAGAUUUUGUCUUUACCUUAUAAGCGGUCUGUUUUUAAAAAGUGUACCAUCCAAGCAAUGGCCAGUCUGUAUCGCACACCUCAGAACUUGUUUGAACCUGGUUUAGCUGGUCCAAAGUUCUCAAAGAAUUUAACACACCCUAAAAUUCGAGUUGUUAUUGUGGAAUAUGAUAGCAAAUAUUCUUACUUGGAGUCAUUUGAACAAAUGAAUGAUUUCUAUGAGGAGGUGGAAAACUGGAUGCAGGAAGAGUUGAAGAGUGCCCCUCCUGGAAUGCGUAAUGGAUGGUUUGUAACUGACCUACAUUUUUAUGAUCUUCAGAAAACUAUUUCUGAUAGCACUGUCUCUGCCCUGUUAAUAUCAAUGGCAAUGUCUCUUUUUGUCUUGUUUGCUGUCACUUUGGACACCCUGGUAUCAUUAUUUGCUGUUCUAUCUGUAACAAGUACCAUUUUUGUGACAAUGGCCAUUCUCUUGUUGUGUGGCUGGGAACUGAAUGUUUUAGAAUCAGUUGCAAUCAGUACAUCUAUUGGCCUUGCAGUAGAUUUUAGCCUACACUACAGUGUCAGUUAUAGAUUGGCCCCCAACAAUGCCAGCCGAGAAGAAGCUGUGAAAUGUGCCCUGCAUAGAAUGGGUGGGCCUACCGCAAUGGGUGCUUUGACCACGGGAAUCGCCGGCGUGUUCAUGCUGCCGUCGUCAGUGUUGGCUUACAUUCAAAUUGGAAUGUUCCUUGUCAUUAUAAUGUGCGUAAGUUGGACUUAUUCAACAUUUUUCCUCAUGCCACUUCUUUGCAUUAUUGGUCCUAGGCAUGGAUUUGGUCAGUUCUCAUAUGAUAGUUUUCUUUGUUGCCUAUGCAAAAGGAGAGGUCUUAGCCAAACUCCAAGUGGUGUGAACAGGUCAAACAAAUCUAUGUAUGGCAAUGUUUUGUCUGAAUCAACGUUAUCAGCUUCAAGCACGACCUAUCCGUUGCAUACAAGUGGGAGUGAAGGCCAUGAACUUGAUGCAUUUACACAUUCUGCCAGAAGACCCUCACAGCCAAGAGGAAGAUCAGGAAGCCUUUAUACUGCUCGGCCAUCUAACAGGGCAACAUCGGAUCAAUCCCCAUCAGCUACCAGUGCAUGCACAGUGAUUCUGUGUGAUGAUGUUGACCUUAGUAGACAGCAUAUGUAACAAGACAUAGUGUUGUUAAGGUUUUACCAGACUCUUGAUGUACAUAUAACAACAACAAUAAUUUUAGGUCUAAAGCUAAAAUUUGUACCUGUUGGUUUCCCUAUAUGAGUUUUAUUUACAUUGAGAAGGACUCCUGAGUGAAGUGCAAAGAUUAUCACAUAAAUAUUUAUGUUUAAAGGAGUGUUGAUCUCAUUGUAUUCUCUGUGAUUGUGAUUUAUUAUUAUUAUUUCAACCUUCAAUUGCUAAUCAGUAUGUAUUUACCCUAUGUCAUGUUAAAAUUGUUGUUUUAUGAGCUAAAGCAAGUUGUAUUUUGUCUCAAGAUUGUCAGUAGGAGUUCCUUUCUGACAUGUUUGUUCUUUGACAUUGCUGAUGCCUUUUCCAAGUUUAUGAUGAAACUUCAUGGUUUUGCAUGCUCAAUUGCUCUGCUUGUUUUAGGGGAAGUGUUGGUUGUAUCAUAGUCUAUUUGUGGCUUGCCUUUACGUUUGGCAGACAGUGUCUCAGUUGUCCUGAAUGAUAGGAGUUGAAUGAUAGGAACAUAUCUUAAGCAUGAUAUAUGGCUUCAUACCGUAUAUGUUUUAUAUGUAGUGUCUAGAAGCAAGAAUGAAGUUAGCUCAGUUGCUGGUCAACUGUUUGUGAAUGGUUUUAGUUCUUCAAUCUGUGAAAAAUAUGUAAGAAGUUAAUAAUUUAGAAGAAUAGUGAAGUGAUCUUGAUGAGAGCUUUUUUAAAUUUUACAUUUCCUCCUCAAAAUCAACUAUUUCUUUAUUGAUAUUUUCUUCAGACAACCUAACAAUUAAUUCUAUGGUCUGUAUGUUGACUGUAUGUUGAGGUCCUUUUGACUUCCAAUUUGAUUUUGUGAUUUGGGUAAAGGUGCCAAAAGAAGAAUUGAAAAGAGUUUUAUAUUCAAAAGUAACUGUACAGGAAUGAUGUUCUAUUUUCAAAUGCAUUCUAGAUAAGGCGCAGGUUCUUAAUUAUUGUUUACUAAUUUUGAAGUUGAUUGAGGAGGAAAUUUUAUGUUGGCGAGCACCCUUUUUAUUGAUGUAUAGAGGCGCUCAGGACAAAACUCUUUUAUUUGGAUAACAUAAACAGAUUCUAUUUAAUGUUGGUCUUAACCUUGUGGGAUAUUCCAUAGUGUUUUAAAAUGUCAAUGUUAUUUUGACUAAGGGUUAAUAUAAAGCCACUUUUUUAUUUUCAAAGUUUAUAGUUGGUGUUUGCAUUACUACCUUGUGGAUGGUUAAUGCUACCACUUUUCAUUGAAUGUGACACGCAUGGCUAAUAUCGUGAAGAACUACUGAGAGUAGUGUCAUGAUCAUUACCUUCUGCAAUAGUUGAUUUAAAUAGCUAUCUUGAAUUGCAACUGUGAAACAUUGCAAUUCUAGGCAAAUUGUUAGAGGAAUGUUUCCUCUUUCAUUGGUGUCAUUUUUUUAAAAGCCAUUAUGACUAUUACGCUUGCUGUUAUCUUGCCUUAAGAAUUAGUGGCAAGAUAACUGAUUGUUAAGGGUAGAAAUGUAUGUUGUCAUUGAGUGAGGCUUAAGUUAUAUUUUUUAAUCAAAAGUGAGAAAUAUUUUUCAUAUUUAUAAGUUUUAAGUGAAUCAAUCAGUGUCCAUAAGACAAUAAUACCUUUGUUUUUAUUUUUAAAAACUUUUCUCUAAUUGUACUUUUAAGUGUAUUUGAGGUUUGAAGAGACAUUAUUUUCUGUGAUGUUUUUGGUGACUGUUUUGGUUUUAGCAUUGUAUGUUGAUCCUCUGAUGGAUCACAGCUUGUAGAAUCACCUUCUGGUGAAAACUUUAUUUUUGAGAUUGGAUAGAAAAUACUUAAGACUUCUAAAUUAUUCAUGAGGCUUCUUGUUCAUGUUUUGCAUUUCUCUUGAGCUAUGACAAGAUGCUGUCUGAGACAGACAGCCGUCGUGAACGUCCCGACAUGAUAUGCGAGCAUUUUACAUUAAAUAGAAACUGAAAAUUGUAUGUUUAAAAACACCUUGUAGCGAAAAAAUGUGUUCUUUUUGAUGCGGUCUCUAUAGCUGCAAACCAUAGAGAAACAAUUUUCGGGGUGGUUUAUAAAUCAUGCACAUGAGUUUUGUUCCUCUCUUAUGUUGCUUGUGUGUCUUUGAAUCUAUCCUGAAUUUGCUCUCAGCAGUUUUCUGUAGCAGCUGCUCUUAGGUGUCGUGCAAUUUUUCUGAAGGUUCUGCCCUUGAAUUGGGUCUUAAAUCUUAAAAGUAAUAAUGCCUUCCCAUUAUUAUUUGGAAUCAUUGAAAAGUCCAUUAUAGUAACUAUAUGUAUUUGAAAACAUAGUGAAACUCAUUUGAAUUGAAAUUUGAAGGCUUGUCAUUUAUUAGUUCAUAGAAGCUCAUUCAUCAAUCUAGUUUUAUAAAUCUAAAAAGAAUCAGUGUAGUGAACUAUAUAGAUGUAGAAGCAAGAACCAUGAGCAUAUAGCAUUAAUAUGUGUGGAUUGAUAUUUUUUUAUGGAACUUAUGAAGCAUCAUCUGUGUUAAAUAUUCUCUAAGAGAAGCUUGCAAUUUAAUAUAAGUGUCUGUAGUUGAUAGAUGAUACUUGUACAAACUGCAUAGGAUCUCCGUUUAUACCAGGUAAAUAUUAACAUUGCAAUUUACCUGCUCUUGUGAUAUCAAGCGAAGGCAUAAUCAAGUUCUAUUUGUGCGCUCAUUUGUCUUUAAUGUUUGUUUCCGUAACCUUCUCAACAUUCUCGUAUACACUCAGUUUUAGCACCCAGUGUAUCAAAUCUUUGUUAGAUUCUUGGAUUAGGACUGUGAGCCAUACUGUAUUUACUGUUGGUUUGUACUCCACAUAAUCUGGCUUUAGUGCAAAUCUCAUGUAAGGAUAUUGAAUUGGGCCUGAAAGGACAAAAUGAAGGCAUGUAUUUCUCCAUGCCACUCACAUUAUAGUCUGGUCCUCGUAAAUGAAACACUUUAGAAACUAUUGCCAUUUUGUGAGAACUGAUUUUUUUUGUUAUUACUUUUAUUAGUAUUGUUGUUGUGUGUAUACUAUAAUCGUAACCAUGUAAGACUUCUAAUUAAGAAUGGUAUGUGAGAUUUGAAACUGUUCUCCAGAUAAAUGCGCUCAGGCACUGGAGCUGAGGAGGGGAAUGUCAGUCAGUUCUUUUUUUUUGUAUGGCCCAAUCAACUGUCAAUCCCAGCUCUUGCCUCUGUAUUUUUCUUUCCCAAAUAAGUUAGAAAGCUUAAUUGUGUUUUCUUCGCAGCAUUUGUGUCUUUGCAGACAACAAACAACUUUUUCUUAUAUUUGUAACUGUGUACCUUUAUCUUAUAAAAUGUUCCCAGACUGACCUUACGACAGCUCAAUUCUUGCAAGUGCUCCUUUACGAUGUCAUUUUAAGAAAUUUAACUCUAAAUUUGAACAGAACGCACAAGAUAGGGGUGAAUGGUGUCAUAUCCGAGGAAUUGAUUACUUUGUAAUGAUCUGGUUAGUUUAAGGUUUGAAUUACAAGCUGGAAUAAGAAUUGGUUCUGUCAUCCCUCUAAGACCUUAAAACUUAUUGCCUCACCCAUUAUUUUGAAUUGCCAAUGUUGGCAAGGAUUUCUUUUCCCAAAGAAAAGGGGAUUUACCUUGUUCAUGUGUGUGUAUUCAAAGCUAAAAAUUUGUAUCCUACAUAUAUACAUAUAUCUAUAUGAUUGUGGAUUAAUUGUGUUAUUGUUGCUACUCAAUGGAAGAUGUGUGUUUAACUAUCAGACACUAGAACUGUCAAUUCUCUUGUUUCCUGUUAAUUUCUCUUUGUAACAAAUAGGAGUGAUGAAUGAAAUGCUUCAUCAGUUCCUGUUAAAACCCCUUACUCACAAAAUACUUACUACUUGCAAGUGCUUGGAGUGCUCAUUGUGGAAAUAAAGGUAUUUUGUACAUAAA